UCUGCCCCCUUCUUACCACACUCCCUUUCCCCCACCCCACCUUUGCUGUGGGAUCGUCACUUGCCUUUAUCAGCGGAUAUGCCCCUUGCGCUGCGAGCCAUGCGGUGAGCAGAACCUUGUCGCCCUGUGUACGAUUCUGUACCACUCUGUGUCGCAUUUCUGAAGGGGGCCGACGAAACGCUAUCACGCCCUUGAUUUCUCCACCGACUCUGUCGUCUCCCUUGAUAUCAUCCGCUCCAAGAUGAGGCCACCGGAGAUGUCCCAUUCUCCCGCCUAUUACCAGGACCAGGACCAUCGCGUGACGGCAUAUCUCCACGAUUCGACUCCGGCUCCUGCGGCCGCACAUCUUCCACCGGAGCCCCCGUCAUUGCCUAAUCCCCGGCAUGAUCUCCGUCAUCCGGAACUCAAUUCGGGCGAGAAUACCAUACCCAACGCUUAUCCCCCCGAUUCAUGGGAUAAUACCUACUCUCGGCAUCCCCAUCGACAUUCUCAACAAGCCCAUAAGCCUCCCCACCGUCAACCUCCGGUGGAGUCCAUCUAUCCGGAUCCUGAAGUGUCGGCCGUGGCCCCGAUGACUGGUGGAGCGGCUCGUAAAGAAGAGCGUGGCCGGAGGAGUUGGACGGAUCAUUCGUCGUAUAUGUCGAGCGACAAUCAUCAUCUCGGAGUAACCCGCCUUCAGAAACGAGCGAUUCAUACGGAAGAACCCUUGGCGGACGAUAGUCAGGAUGCCCUGCUGAUGCUGUUUCGAUUAUCCAUCCCGGUCCCCAUCUUUUCUCUUUGCGCAUCCUUAUAUACCGUCUUCGGGUUACUCUUCGUUCUUCUCGUCUCGCCUUUCCGCAUUUGUCCCUGCAUCCCAUACCUUCGAUCAACAUCACUUCGCGAGCAGUUGUGCCAUCUUCUGGUACCUCAAUUGCAUAUUCAUGAGCGAUUAGUUCGUUUGCGGGGUCCCGCCACUCGAUCGGUAUACAAUGACGCCGAUGGGUCAUCGGUCUCAGAUCCGAGCGAACACUAUUCCAUUUUUGGGUUGAUUGCGGUCCUCUUGCUAUCAUCACUACUUUCCAUCGCAUUUCUUCUCCUUGUCUGGACCGCAGCCUUUUUCUGGGUUUUCGCCAUGGUACUUGGCAACCCCGAUGGCACCGAACGCAAAGACGACGGCCGUGCUGCCGUACUCGGUGUUUGUCGAUGGUGGCAGAUAUGGCUACGCAAGGCCCGAAAACCGCCUCGCGAAUAGCCUGUCUGUAAAUUAUCCUUGUUGCCGUUUCCCACUUUGAUUCCGUUCUUUGUUAUUAAGCGUGAUCCCGUCUUGGCUAUUGGACUCUUUUCGAUGUUGACAUGAUACCAAUAUGUGGGAUAUGUGGAAUGAUUUUUGAGGGGCAUGUUUCUUUAUAUAUCUUUUUGUUUCGCCUUCUCAUUGAUUUGAUGAGAUACUUCAUGUGUACAGGAGUUGGGUUGGUCGCAUAGGCGCCAGGAGCGGUUUUUAUUUUUUGGUUACUUUUUUGUUUUCUCCUUU